AUGGCAUAUCAACCACAAAUAAAUAGAGUGGUUAAAGCUGCAAACAAGAAUAUCAAGAAAAGUUUGAGAAAUAUAGUGGGCGGUAAUACAGAAUGGCAUGAGAAGCUGCCAUAUGCUUUACUUAGAUAUCUCACCACGAUCAGAAAAUCCACUGGGGCAACUCCCUACAUGUUGGUUUAUGGUUCGGAAGCAGUAAUACUUGUAGAAGUGGAGAUACCUUCAUUGAGGAUCAUUCAGGAGGUUGGUCUAGACGAUGUUGAAUGGAUUCGUAGCAGGAUCGAGCAGUUAAUGCUAAUUGACGAGAAGAGAUUAGAUAUGAUAUUUCCUCACCAAGAUGAAGCCAAAGGGAAAUUUGAACCAAAUUGGCAAGGUCCCUAUAUAGUUCAUCGAGUACUCUCAGGGGGAGCAGUAAUUCUUGCAGAAAUGGAUGGCAUAGUAAGCACGAAGCUGAUCAAUUCAGAUGCCAUCAAGAAGUACAACAUUUGA